AUGAGGAAGCUCUGUCCGAAUUUCGACAGGGAAGAUGGCCUCGAGACCGUCUUCGAGGUCCCCAUCCCGGAGGAGAUGUUCGCCGGUGGCGCCCGUUGUCAGCAGGCGGUGGCCUCGUGGCUCAGGUCGCCAGCCUGCGGCGGCGGCGCAGCCACGGCCCCCCUCGCCGGUCGGAAUGCCGAGUUGCAGCUCCUCCUCAACGUCGUCGGCUCGCCGCUCGUCCCCUUCCCCGUGCCCGCAGACCCCUCGGACGGCACGUCCAUCCGCAACUGUUCUUCCAUCGUAAGCCCUUCUCGCGCUUUCAUCGAUCGAAGAUUCACCUAAAAAAUAGACACAAACAAGCUAGAGAUGGAUUAUUCCUUCCCCGAAGGGGAUAAAUCUCCUGCGACCCUCGUUUUUCUUCUUCGUUGUUUUCCGUCCAAAAAAAAGGAAGAAGAAGAUUUUGUUGGGUGGAAAUCUAUCGGAGUAUUGGAUAAUGACGUAGCACGAAAGUCCUUUGGUCAACAAUAGACGCCAACAAGUUGGCGAUUAUUCCCUCCCCGAAGGGAACAAAUCGCCCCCGAUCCUCGUUUUCUUCUUCGUCGUUUCUCGUAGAAAAAAAAGAAGAUUUUUCUGGUUGGGAUUGGAUAAUGACGCAUCAAGAACGUUCCUUUGGCUUCCGGUCAACGGCAGCAAGCGUCAACGGCUAAGUACAUCGUCCAGCAGUACACGGCGGCGACGGGGGGGCAGGCGGCGCUGAACGCUGUGCACAGCAUGUUCGCGCUGGGGAAGGUGACGAUGAGGGCAUCAGAGUUCCGCAUGGGAGACGAGGAGGCGGUCUCCACCAAGGGGAACGCAGAAGUCGGCGGCUUCGUCCUGUGGCAGAAGAACCCCGAUCUCUGGUUCCUCGAGCUCGUCCUCUCCGGCUGCAAGCUCAGCGCCGGCAGCGACGGCAAGCUCGCCUGGCGGCAGUCCUCCUCCGAGCAGUCUCACGCCUCGCGCGGCCCACCUCGCCCCCUCCGCCGCAGCCUCCAGGUAGAUUUAGAGAGAGAGAGAGAGAGAGAGAGAGAGAGAGAGAGAGAGAGAGAGAAAGGCUAUCUCAGUCUCUUCAUCUAUCUCACUCUCUCUCUCCAACUCCCUCUCGUUCGAUCUCUCGAGAGCGCAUCUCGAUCUCUUUAUCUAUUUCAUUCUCUCUCUCUCUCUCGAUCUCUCGAUCUCUCCAGAACCCAUCUCAGUUUCUUUAUCUAUCUCAUUCUCUCGAGGGAGAGCCAAUCUUAGUCUCUUUGUCCAUCUCAUUCUCUCUCUCUCUCUCUCUCUCGCUCAAUCUCUCGAUCUUUCGAGAGCCCAUCUCAGUCUCUUUAUCUUUCGCAUUCUCUCUCAUCGGCGGCGCCGCCGGUGCAGGGGCUGGACCCGAGGGCGACGGCGGGGCUGUUCUCCGAGGCGGUGUGCAUCGGGGAGAAGGUGAUAAACAACGAGGACUGCUUCAUCCUCAAGCUGGAGGCUAACCCGGCGGCGCUCCGGGCCAGGAGCAGCGGGAGUUUCGAGAUCAUCCACCACACCAUCUGGGGCUACUUUAGCCAGAGGACGGGCCUGUUGACUCAGCUCGAGGACUGCCAUCUUCUGAGGAUGAAGGCCAACCGGAGAGGGGAGAGCAUCUUCUGGGAGACCAGCAUGGAGUCGGCCAUUGAAGACUACAGGUACAUCGACGGCAUCAACAUCGCCCACGGGGGGAGGACGAUGGUCACCCUCUUUCGCUACGGCGAGGGAUCCGCCAACCACAAGAGGAAGAUGGAGGAGACCUGGUCCAUCGAGGAGGUUGACUUCAACAUCUUGGGCCUCUCCAUGGACUGCUUCCUCCCCCCCGCUGACCUCAAGAAGCACCACGACGGCCAAGACAACCCCGCGGGAUGA